UACAAAUUCCAAUUGCAAUGAAUUUGUUCAGGGAAUUCUUGGGUUGAUAUCAUCUUGUUAUUAGCUCCAAGCUCAACAAAAUGAGGUUGAGAAGUGGCCAUGUUGUAGAUCAAGCCAGUGAUGAAGUUACUGAGAAUGGAGAAGUGCCAUUGUUUGCGGAAAGGAAAGCGAAAUCGAUGCAAAAACGCCAUAAAUCUGUCGGUGUCACUAGUUUCGGAACCUUUCUUUGUCGGCUUGGAAGAUGGAAGAAGACCUUCUACAUUAUUGGGACCAUACUGUUCUUCCUUUAUGUGAUUGUACCAACCUUGCUCUAUUUAUUUCCAUCCAUGAUAAAGAUUGGUGUCUUCCUAACCAUGAUGCACUGGCCGAUUGUUAUUGACUUCAAUGACUUUGGUUACUUCAAACUCACAGCAGCAAGAAACUUCAGGGUACCCACUCAGGAUUCAUCACUUGGAGUUUGGCAUAUCCCUCCCAAAUCAUUGGUACCCAAGUUCAUGAAAGACAACAGUUCUGAAGCUUAUGAGAAUUCACUGUCUGAUGGCUACCCCAUAAUUCUCUAUUUCCAUGGAAACGCUGGCACCAGAGCAGGCAUAUUUCGUUUACGGAUGUAUCGCAUCCUCACAGCCAAUGAUAAACAUGUUAUAACAUUUGAUUAUCGAGGUUUUGCCGACUCACCAGGUGAGCCAACUGAAAAUGGGAUGGUGGAAGAUGGCUACACGAUGCUCAAGUGGAUUAGGAAGAGGAGUGGGAAGUCACCAGUCUUCCUCUGGGGUCAUUCUCUUGGCUCAGGUGUGGCUACAAAACUAUCCAAGCAGCUUUCAAAAGAAGGUUUUGUACCAAAUGGUUUGGUUUUAGAGGCGCCGAUCAGCUCAAUGAGAGAUGCAGCAUUUGGACAUCCACUCGGCGCACUCUGGCGCUACAUGCCAUUCUUCGAGGCGAUAUUUUUGAGAGCCCUCGAAGAUCAACAUAUCUAUUUCAAUAAUGUAGAAAGUAUAGGUGAUGUGUCGUUCCCUAUCCUGUUGAUGCAUGCUGAGGAUGAUGGAAUAGUGCCAUAUGACAUUGGUUUAAAGCUUGUUGAAGCAGCAAGGAAAAGACGUUCCAGAGACUUUGCUCCCUUUAAAUUCAUCAGCUUCGAAGCAGAGCAGCGGUGUGGCCAUUACAUGUUCAGGUCAAAGGACCUGCCAGAUAUUAUCGACAAAUUUGUGAAGCAAUACAGUUGACCAUAUUGAAUCACCAGUUCGCCAACACGAUCAAAACGGACAUGACAUAUUGUAGAGUUCAUCUGUCACAUUCAUCUAUAACUGAUGCUGCUGUGUACAUGUAGUAAUAAGUAUUUGUAUCCUAUACUACAGCUGGACUAUUCUUCAUACAUGCAGUAUCAGCUCAGGGAAAUGAUGAUCCACUAAUUCCACAGGAUAUCACGUAACUUCAGGUAGUUUUAGCGUCUCUUUUAAAAUUGUAAUGAAUGGUCUGUAAAGCCAGUUCUGAAAUGAAUGAUGUGUAAUCUGACGUCACUGAUGAUGUAUUACCGUCCCUAUUUAUUCAAAUUAUUAGCUUCCCAUAUAGGGUGGUGCAACGUGAUAAAUACAUGUAGAGGCAAAUCUUAUCCGUCUGCAGAAUAUUUUAAGAAAUAGGACUAGAAAGAAGUACUUUCACUUUGUAAUGUCGCGAUAUAAUUUUUUUUCCAAAAUUUAUUUAUCACUAUUUAACUUUUUGCUGUGAUUUAGAAACAUGGUAGUUGCUUGCUUCCCAGUUUAUUACCUGUCUAAGAAUAUGACUUGGAACCAGUCUAUUUCAUGUGAAGAAUUUCAUAGUUACCGGUGAAACAGACGAAAUGUAAAGCUCAAAUAAGAUGGGCUUAGUGAAGUGUUUAUUUAAGGAAUCAGCAGCUGUUUAGAUGAUGUAUCAUAUGUUUGAAUCCGUGGGGCCUGAACAAUGGCCAAUUGUGAAAUUGAUACGAAAGGAAUAAUUAAAAUGCCGGUUGUCUGGUGCGCAUGGCGGCUUCUGAAAUCAUGUCUACAUCUGAUAGUAAUUUUGCUUUUUAUCAACUGUAUUUACUGCAUUCAAACUAUUCUGUCUUACUCACUAACAACACAUCUUAACCCUUCAAGGAAGGAUAGGGGGCAUCUGCUUUCAUUAUGACACAAGCACUUUAUAAUACCUUUGCAAACAAAUGCGGGUCUAUUUUUUGGGGGGAGUAGUUUUCAAGUUCUCUUCCUUAAAGGGUUUCAUUACUAUUCCAUAACUUCAUGAUGCAAGAUAUUUCCCUAUUUUUCUUAUUAACAUACCUUCCUUCUACAAUUUAUAUAUAUGUAAUUUGUGAUGUCACUUGUAAUGCACUGCUGAUCUCUGUACUUUGGUGUCUUGUCCCAGGAAAUCUUUUCUAUUGCUCAUGAAAAUAACAACGCAUAUUAUAGCAAAGUUGGAUGAUUGACUGUUUGACUGCAUGUGAACCAUUCAUGUUCCCUGAUCAGAGGCCUUUUACUACCGGGUAUAUAUUUUCAAUUAUAGAAACUUGUUUUAACCUGAUCGAUAAUUCAUCAGCAAUAGAGUAGAAACGCCUGAGACAGGCCAUUGUUAGUUUGUGAUAUGAAAGCAA